UUCUUUAUCAUUUCGGUGGCAAACUUAACAUAGUAUGGCCGUCGUAUGGAAGUAUUCACAGUUUUACUUCCACAAAGAAUACGCGAUAAACAUUUCACAGAGCGUGUUGCGAAAGACAUUUUUAAACAAAUUUUUCACGCGAGUGAGAUAAACAUUGAAAAUUUAGUGUAAACUCAACGUGUAUUAGUAAUUUAAUAACGUUCGACCUAAAUAUUUUCAUUUAGUUUUCGGUUUUGAUUUCAAUAAAUUAUCCAAAAUGUGGUUAGUUAGUCAGCCGAAUUCUGUGAUUUUGGAAGUCAAAGUGGAUCCCAACUCUAUUGGACAAGAUUGCCUGGAAAAAGUAUGCGAGAAACUGGAAAUCGGUGUCGAAUCUGAUUACUUCGGGCUACGAGUGUGCCACGGAUCAGGACCUGGUAGAUGGCUGAACUUGCGAAACCCUCUCGACCCGCAUCGUAUCCCCGGCGGUCGUCUAGAACUUCGCGUUAAGUUCUGGGUACCACCACAUCUCCUCAUCAAUGAACCAACGCGACACCAACAUUACUUACACGCGAAACUAGACCUUAUUGAAGGUAGAUUAGUUGUCGCUGAUCAAGAAGUCGCUCGACGUAUCAUAGCGUACAUAGCCCAAGCAGAAACUGGAGACUGCGACGUAGAUAUGCCUCCCACACAUAUCUAUGAGGAGUGUAACAAAAUAGGACCUCAAGGCGUCAAACCUGAAGAUCAUGUAGACAAAAUCAUAGAAUACCACUGUGAAAUAGCAGGCAUGCGAGCAUCACAAGCGGAAUACAGACUACUCAAGGAGAUAUCGAAACUCGAGUCGUUCGGUGAAGAACUAUUCUUCUGCAAGCCAGUUACACAGAGUAACAACGCUCACAACCUCUACAGCCAUUUGCUGUAUCACAGGCAACAAGUAGAAGAGCCCAGAGCGAGGGACGAACAGGAGAUAGAUGGAGGAGGAACUGUCGGCUGCUUGACUUCGGGACAGAAUGUAGGUGGCUGCGGCUGUCGGCUCAGCACUUGCGUGGGCGUCGGCCCGCACGGCAUCGUCGUGUACCGUCCCGCCUGCAACGGCGACCAAGACAUUGGUGUUGAAAAACAAAGCAUCCCAUAUACGGCAAUCCACCGCGCGCAACCAUUACGCCGGCUGUUCCAGCUGUCAUACGUGACUGGCGAAGGUCAUGAAGCGACCCUGCACGUCAAGAUGGCAACCUCAGGCCAGGCGGCAGCGCUAUACCGUGCUGUGACAGAGAAGCAUGCAUUCUAUUGCUGCGAGACAGUGCGCAGUGACGUUACUGAACAGUUCAUCAGGGAUCUUAAGGGUACAAUAGCGUCUAUAUUCAACGACUCGUCAACAUUGGGUCGACGCUACGUGUUCGAUAUCAGACGCACGUGUCGCGAGGUCCACGAUCGGGCACGCCGCGCUGCGCAUGCGCACGCGCACGCACAUGAGCCGCGCACGAGACGUAGAUCGGGAAGUAACCACGAGGAGGGAUUGCCACGUUCGCGCAGCAGUAGUAGCAGUGAGAGCGGCGGUGCGCUGGCGUGCCGAGUCUGUAUGGAUGCCGCCAUUGACACGCUACUGCUGCCUUGCCGCCACGUCGUCUGCUGCCAGAACUGCGCACCCAGAUGCAAUCGUUGCCCGUUAUGUCGUGGUGAAAUAGAAAAGCUAAUGCACAUAUUCCUGCCCGUUGAAUACCAGAAAAGUCCUGGAGUCAUAAUAAAAUGAUCGAAAGACAAAUUCGAAUCGAAGACUCGACUAUGAAACGGCAAAACGAAUACGAAAAAUCGUUUUUGGUACUACACUACUCCCGCCAUUGAGCUCGUGUGACAGCUGUCAAGUUGACAGUUUGACGUUGACGCCAGUGUCUAUGGUAUUAUAAUGCGUUCAUUUAAAUUGGAAUCAAAAAUUAAUGAAUGAUUAAAAAAAGUGGGAAAAUAAGACUCCGUGACACUGUGUGUACAGUGAAAUGAAAUGGAAAAAAACUCAAAUGACUACAAAAUGUGUGUGUGAUUGUCUGUCUAGUCAAAAAAUUUUGACUUUGUUCAAAGCAUUUUUUACUUUAUAUUGUCUAAUGGAGUGUCGCUUGUACGGAAUCAGGGCCAUUCCAAUAUUUAACCAAUAAUAAUAAAAUAUUUUGGUACUUAUCAUAUAAGAUUAAAAAUCAAUUAAUAAAUCUUAAGUUAAUUAAAAAAAAUUACUAAAAAU